UUGAAAUUAACUAACAAGUAAUAACGACCCUUUUUUCUAUUUUCUUUUCAGCUAAGUAAAAAAGAAAAAAAGGAAAAAGAAAAAUAAUAAGUAAAAAAUUCCUUCUCUCUUUGUCUCCUUACUGUAGAGACAUCUGUCGGAAGAUUCAAUCCGGUUUCGAUUUCGGUUUUUCAACUCAUAACAGGCUCCUGCGUACAAUUCCAGGGUUGCCUCUCCCAGUCAGGGUUGCUACAAUUGUGCUUGCCAAAUUGAAGGUCAGAAGGAGUCAUAUUUUGUGUCAUUAAAAGCUGAAGAGAAAGAGUGCAUACUUGUUUUUGUUAUUGUGAUGUCUACAACAUGCAGAUAGUGUCACAGUUGUCCUUGGAGUCUGAGGUACACCUUCAUCCUGAGAAUAAUCCAACUCAGGAUGCAGGUCUUGUAGUAGCCUCAUCCACCCUUAACAAUGCUGUCCUUCAGCAGUCUGCUAAACGGCAAUGGGCUGCGUGGACGCGGCAAGAGGAAGAAAGUUUCUUCACUGCAUUACGACAAGUUGGCAAGAAUUUCGAGAAGAUCACUCAUAAAGUACAAAGUAAAAACAAGGACCAGGUCCGGCAUUAUUACUAUCGUCUUGUUAGGCGUAUGAACAAGCUGCUGGGUCCAGGAUUAUGUCUGGAUGCAAAAAACUCCAAGGAUACCAAUGCUGCAAUGCUUCGAUGGUGGUCUUUACUGGAAAAGUAUAGCUGCAAAGCAUCAAAGCUUCACCUAAAGCCUCGAAGGUUUAAGAUAUUUGUAGAAGCCUUGGAGCACCAACUCUUGAAAGACAGGAGGAGGAGUGUUAAAAGAAGAUCUUCCCAAGGGGAAAACUGUUCACCUACAGCUUCCAGUAAUGUCUCGAGUCAGAAUAGGCCUUCAGGACAGGAUACUUGCACAGUUAAACUGGUCCUGGUUGACAGUCAAAACAUACAAAAAUUAGGACCUGCAAAAGGAUCAUUCAAGCGCAAUGUUAACAUAGGUGUUAAUCGUAGUAGCAAGGGAGAAAUGACAACUUUGAAACCUGCAAGGCAACAAAGGAAACCAGCAGGGACUGCCUUCUCAGCUGCAUAUAAAAAGUGGGAAAAGGCUGCAAUUGCUGGGGUUUCUUUAGUUGCUGAUGCUGCUGAGCAUUUGGAGCGGACAGCUACUGAUAAAGAUGGCGAACUUGACCAAGGGCCAAAUGCACUUGGAUCUGUUGAUAAAGUUCCCCUUCCUUUGCCUGCUAUUUCACAAAAUCUUUUCAUAGAGAACAUCACACACACCUCUGUGAAACUUAAGCUGCAGCUGUAUCCAAUUGAUGAUGGUACUAGAAGAGCCCUGGAAAUGGAUAACCAUAAUCCACAUCUAGAGCUCACGCUUAGUACUCGCAAGAAGAUAUCAUCAGUAGUGGAACAUCUCAGUCGCAAAUGGGGUAAUUCCAGUGUAGCAUCCGGACAGCUAAUGCUUUUCCCCUACAGUGUUCAAAGAGAAAACCUAGUGGGUUAUCAGAGAUGGACACAGGACUCAGUUGUUAGUGCAGCAGAUGUGUAUGCAAUUAUUGGGAGCCCUCCACUGUUCCGCUUAAGGUAUGGGUGGUUUUCCGGUUCUGAACUUGUGCAAGCUCUGUCAGCAUCUUGCUAUAUUCCUGUUGUGUAUAAUGAAAAUGUCAAAAAUGGGAAGGACCAAUCCAUGCCAUCAACUAGUGAUCAAUCUGAGAAGCUUGUGGAUCCUUGUAAUGGUACUUCUGUGAAUGAAAACCUUGUAAUUGCAUCUUCCUUAAGUGAUAUGCCCCAUGAGAUGAGUAGGUGCAUUAGCACUUCAAAAAGUAAUUUUGUGGAGUCAGAUCCUGCAGUUAAAAUCUCAUGGCACAGGGAGCCUGAUGGCAAGCCUAUCAGUAGACAAUUGGAAGAUGAGGGUAAUGUGAAAUUAAGCAAUGGUACUGCAUUAUCAGCUGGGGAGUGGGCGGACAGUCUCACCAAUAUAAGCGUUGGAGAUCUACUUUCAGAAGUGCCUCAUGGUGUUGAUGCAUCACCUGAAACUCCUCAAUGUCUUCAGCAGAUCCCAUUCAGCUCUGAUUCAUUUGAUGCAGCCAUUGCUGCCCAUAUAUCUAAACAUCAAAACAGGAUGGAGCAUGUAUCCACCUUGACAUCCCAUACUACUUCCAUCUGGGAUGCUGAAGAAACACGUGAUGCUUUCUCAUUUCAAAAGAAUCCUACUAUAUAUCAAGAAGCUUUUAGAAUGCCUGACAUUGAUCCUGCAGUAGACUGCAUACUUUUCACAAAAAUAAGUUCAAUGGGUUCUGGGGGACUUAUUGAGGAAUUACCAGCUGAUAAAGCAGCUGUGGAAUAUAUUGCCGGAGAAGACCCCAUGGAUGAGAAACCAACUGAUUUUCAUAUCCUGGAAAAUAUGGAGAAGGAUUUCAGUGGGCUAACAGACAUGUUUUGGCCUGACUCUUUAGGACCAUUAGAAUUGGACAUACCAUCCUCUAAAUAUCCUUGCGAAGAUUUAAUUCUUGGUGAUAGCCUUGGAGGUUUAAACAGACUGAUAGCCAGCAGUCUGGAUGCAUUUCAAAAUUGCUCUUUCUUUGGGUUGGAUAAGAAAGAACUGACAACAACAGUUGAAACACGAGAAACUGCCACCCUUUCUGAUUUUAAAGUUGGCAGUCAGGGUUAAGAAAUCCACCAAGUUGGGUCUCAGGCAAGCUUUCCAGAAUUCAGAAAACUGUAUUGUCAUUACCAUGCAGCUAGCUACAAUCACUUCCUAGUUUAGCUGAUCGGAAGGGCAGUUGAUAAAGCAAGAGAAUGCUUUGAUUUGUGAGGUAAAGUUUCUCCGACCAAACAAAACGCCUCCUUCAUCUCUACAAGAAUAGACAUGGAAAAAGGUUUAUGCUCCAUUUCCAACUUUUUCUUGUAUUUCUGUGUAUACUGUUUUGUGGAACUGAUGUGAGGAACUCUGCACAACCCCAAUAGACAAGAAUAACUUCAUCUGACAUCCUUUGUAUGUUUUAGUUGGAUAACCAUAUCUAUAAAUAUCUUCACAGCUUUCUGAUUGCCUAUA